AUGAUUUAAUUUACUUAAAAUCUUAAUUGUAUUAUUCAGUUAAAGAUAACAGAUGAUCAUCGUUGGAUGUAUAGACGACGAGAUCCUCGUGGAAAUUGUGAUGCCGAAUUCUUUAAUGGAUUACAACAAUUUUUUGAUUUCGUCUAUAGUCGUCCUGGUGUUCACUUGAAAGCCGAAAUUCGUUGCCCCUAUAGUAAAUGUGAAAAUUUACCUCACCACAACAAAGCAAUUGUAACAGACCAUCUGUUGAAAUAUGGUUUCAUAGAUGCAUAUUCUGUGUGGUGGGCACAUGGUGAAACUUUAAGUAACAAUGUUGAUCCAUGGUUAGCUACAAGUGAUGUGGCAUCCUCAAGUAAUAUUGAGGAACAUGUUAAUAUUGAGGAACAUGUUAAUAUUGAGGAACAUGUUAAUGCUGAGGAUGAUAUCCAUCACAUGGUUUAUGAUGCAUUCUGUCCAUCUGAAAAUAAUCACCCUAGAAAUGAAACAGAGUUCGCAUCUGAAAAUGUUGGGGAUGCGCCAAAUAGACAUGCACAAUCUUUUUAUGACUUGUUGCGUGCUUCAACCAUCCCACUUGGACCAUCAUCUAAUAAUCAAACAAUGCUUGGAUGGUUAUCAUAUAUGCUGCACUGCAAAGCCAAAAACAACAUAACUGGUGUUGGUUACAAUGACAUCAUUCAGGGCUGUAGGCAAUUAUUAAGUCCAGAAGAACAGCAAAAACCGUCAAAUUUUUUUGAAGCAAAAAAAUUCAUGAAAAACUUAGGUUUAGGCUAUGUUAAAAUUGAUGCAUGUGUCAACAACUGCUUUCUGUAUUAUGGUGAUGAGGCAAAGUCACUUAUUGCUUGUCUAGUUUGUGGUGAACCUAGGUAUAAAAAAUGCAACUCAGUUCAAACUCAAAAAAAGGGUAGGCCCAAGAAUUCUUUAUGGUAUCUACCUAUUAUUCCACGCCUACAGAGGCUAUACAUGUCUCGUAAAACUGCUGAACAUAUGACAUGGCACCUUAAAUGUCGUGUUGACUCGGAGAUCCUCAUUCAUCCUGCUCAGUCUACUGCUUGGAAGCACUUUGAUGCCGUUCAUCCUUCAUUUGCAUCCGAUCCACGAAAUGUCCGUCUUGGUCUUGCAACAGAUGGGUUUAACCCGUGGGGUCAUUCUUCGAGGUCAUAUUCCUGAUUUUGCUCACAAUAUUUUGGUGCGGAUCUUGAAACAAGUUGGAGUAAGCCCCCAAAGAACUUUGCAGCAGUUCCAUUUUAUAGGAACAUAGAAUUCUUGAUAUUUGCAUGCCCUGGUCAUCCAAUGGGUUCACAUUCACAGACAUGUUGUCUAACCACUCAAGAGAUGAAGGCAGUUGAACUUUAUAUCUUACUAAACUGUAGGGAAGUUGAUGCGCUUCUUAGAUUUAUGACCCAAAAAGCCAAUAGUGAAAGACAAAUAUAUAACUAUGGUGCAUGUGUGAAAGGAACAACCAUAUCUGAUGAUGCUGAGACUGAUUAUUAUGGCAUCCUUAACGAAGUCAUCGAACUAUUGUAUUAUGGACCACAUGCGCAAAUGCAGACAAUUGUCUUAUUCAAUUGUGAUUGGUUCGAUACACGUAAGGGAACACGCAUUAACCAAGUUUACAACAUUGUUGAGGUCAACCCACGAUAUCAAUUGUCGAUCGGCGAGCCAUUUUGCUUGGCGUGUCAAGCAACACAAUUGUAUUACAGUAGUUACCCAUCAGAUAAUCGAGCAACUCAUGGAUGGUUCGCCGCAUGCAAAAUACGUGCUAGACAUUUGGUCGAUGCAAUGGUUGACUUAAAUGGAGAAGCAAAUGAUGAUGUUGAUGAAAAUCCGAGUGAAGGAAAUGAAGGAAAUGAAACAAGAGGCGAUGUUGGUGACAAUAGUAAUGAGACUGAAGAGAUGUCAGGUGGAUCCAUCAACUCCGCGCAUAGUCGUAGCACAUUAGGGAGACGAGGACGUCACAACUCUGUAGAUCUUGCAUGUGACGUUACCCCAGUAUUGGACGCGGGGCAUACUCGGUCUAUUAGUCCACAAGGUUCUAUUUAUGCAGCAGCCUCAUCCCAUAAUGGGAAGCAGAAGGGAAGAGGUCCAAACAAACCAAAAAGGGCUGCAAGAAGAGCAAAUGAAAGACCAUUUAUACAAAUUUCGCAUAAAGGCACCUUCUUGGAUGUUGAAGUCCCCAUAUUGAUUACGACCCUAUGGAAAAGGGUUUAUGAUGGUAAUUACUUCACCUAUGACUUGUUCCCAGAACAGAAAAGGUUGCAAGUGUGGGAGUUGUUUAAGACACAUUAUCAAUGGGGUUUAGAGGAUGAGGAUGCAGUCCAAAAGGCAUUCUUAAGAUCAAUGAAGAAAAGAUGGGGUGAUAAUAUGAAGGAUGAACGGGAUAAGUGGCGUGCAAACGGUGAGUAUAGGCCGGUAUGGGUGCCUGAGCACCUAUGGCCUACAUUAUGCGCUUAUUGGGAUUCUGCUGAGUUUCACAAUCUUAGCGAGAGAGGGAAGAAAAACCGAGCAUCUGGGGAACAAGUUACACACACUACAGGAUUAGUAAGUUUUGAUAUACAUGAAGAACGAAUGACCAAAGCUGCUGGAGGGGGUAAGGCCAGCACACCAAGAGCUAUACAAGGAAACACAUACUUUACGAAAAGGUGUCCCCCAAGGACAAGAAGCUCCAUGGAUACAUAUGUCAGUGAGUGCUCUGCUACAUAUGGCUCGGACUCAGCAUCAUGGCCACCUCGGGACAAUGACGCUUGGGCAACUGCUGUUGGGGGAUGCCACAGCAAUUUCAUGCCAGGAAUUGGUUCACAGGUAAACCCAGAGGAACUUGGGUUUACAUAUAGAAAACGACAACCAACGGGGACUUCAUAUGUAAGCCUAAUGAUAUCAGACAUGGCUGAAAAACAAGCCAAAGAUAGGGAGGCAAUGCAAAUGAUGCGAGACGAAAUAGGGCAAGUCAAAGAGCAACGAGAAGCAAUGCAACGGAUGCUGGAAGACAUGGGGAGGAUGCAGGCAUCUCUAUCACAGCAAUUGCAAUUUGUUGCUUUUAGUGCCUAUGGGAUGCGCUCGCCUACUGUUACCCCAUCAUUGCCUCACACUGGGCAAGCAUUUCCUCUUGUAGGGACAUCAUUCCCUACUGUUGGGCCAUCAUUUCCUCAUGCAAUGCCAAUGCAAAUGCCAAUAGAACCUGCAUUCCCCAUGGGCCAAAUGGGGAGACAAUCAGGAUCUCCAGGUACAUCUUCAACCAAUCCCCCACAAGAUGAUUAUGGUUACUAGCCAAGAUUUGAUGCAUAUUACCAAAGUCCAUUUGGGCCGGAAUGAUCAGUGUGCAUGAGAUUGCGAAUGCAAAACUUGGCAUGUUCUUGAUACUUGAGAAAAAUACUUUUAGUUUCUAGGUUUGUGAUUUGAACUUGUUAGGACAUGUUUGUAUAUGUCAGUUGGAAUUGAAUGGUUUGUGGUAAUAUUAACUGUAUUAUUAUGACUUGCAAGUUUAGAAUAUGUAAAUAGUCAUGUUAAAUGUUGCACGUGGUACUUAUAUACUUAUCUUUUAAUUUAUGAUUAAGAGAUGAGGGAAUUAUAUAAGUGGUACAUAUUUAUAAUAAUGUAAUGAAUUGAAAAUAUGUGAUAUGAUAAAUGACAAUGUAUGUAAUGUGAUAUGGUCAAAUCUAAGUGUAGUAAUGUGAUACCCCAAAAUUUUCUAGAAUAAAUAAGUGUGAGUUAG